CCUGAGGCAGCAGGAAAGAGAUCAUGUUUAUUGACAAGUAACUCAUCAAGAAACUCUAUUAAUAUGCCUGGCAGGGGCUCAGAUCCUAGACUUGGGCUCUGAGGCCAAAGGAGGAAGAAGGACUGGUAAAAAGACAAUCUGCCUGAAAUCUAAGAGCGGGGGUGGGGGUAUUGCACCCCUAGAGACUGGCAAUCUGCUACUGCCCUUGAGCUACAUUUACAGAUCCAUGGACUUAGUCUACUCUUACCCUUUGCUGCAGUUUGGACCAAGCCACGGGUUGCACGGAGUGAAGCACACUUGGAAUGGAAAAGCCAUGGAUUAACCACAAGUCACCCCGCCUCCCCCUUGUUAUUUGCUGUGUGCCAGGACUGCUGAAUGAAUAAACUUGGACACAAACACAUAGCUUGUUGUAACUGCAGCAGCAGAGAUGACAGUAAGCGGCAUCCACGGAAGCAGCUAAAGCGUGGGACAGGUUAACCAUCUUUGAAUUUAGUCUGAAGUUACCUGAUAAUGUCCCUUCCCCGCCAAUUAAGGGAUGAGAGUGACUUUGAGCAGCUGCCGGAAGAUGUAGCUGUGUCCGCCCACAUUGCAGAUGUAGAGGAGAGAAGAGGGUUCUCUGUAUACUGUAUAUUUGUGAUUGAGGUGAAAACCAAAGGUGGCAGUAAGUAUUUUAUAUACCGACGAUACAGCGAGUUCCUCACACUGCACACAAAGCUGGAAGAGAAUUAUGGACCUGAGAAAGGCAUUGCACCUUAUUUCUUCUCCCCACCACCAUUACCACCAAAGAUUUAUGUUGGAAACAAGAAGGAUAUUGCUGAAAGCCGCAUUCCUCUCCUGAAUGUAUACUUGAAGGGACUCCUGGACGCCCCGGUUUGGAUCCUGCUGGAUGAUGAUCUUCGGAUUUUUUUCUACCAAACAACAUUUGACAGUGAAAGGAUUCCUCGAGCCUUACGCAGGCUGCGGCCACAGACACGGAAAAUUAAGAGGAACUCUGAGCACAUUUCAGACAUGGACAGACCCCGGGCAGAGGCUCUCUUUGACUUUAAAGGGAACGCUGCCCAAGAGCUGAACUUUAAGAGUGGAGAUCUCGUAUAUCUCCUGAGUCGAGUGAACAGAAACUGGUUGGAGGGAACUGCUGGCAAUCAGAUAGGCAUUUUCCCACAAUCCUUUGUGCGAAUCAUCAAGGACCUACCCGAGGAGAAGUUCCCUGUCAGCUGGCUGCGUUGCUACUUUCAUGAUUAUGACGUGUGUCAGAUCAGAGAUAUCUCCUUAGAGGAAGAUGUGCAGAAACUUCCUACAUACAAUGAGCUGCUAGAUUUAAUAAGAACUCAGUUCCCUGACAGUGAUGUGGCCCUGAAUAUGAGGGAUGCAGAUGGUGACCUGAUUCGCUUGAUGGACAAUAGCGACAUGGAGCUUCUUGUUACAAAGGGAAAAGGAAAAACAAAACUAGAAAAUUUCUUCCCAUGGCAGCUACAUGUAACGCGUAUUGACGACCUGGAUGUGUAUAGCAAUAGGAAUUCAGAAGAUAUGAGCAUGAAUUGAAAAAAAAAAAAAAUAAAUAUAAAUUAUAUAUAUAUAUAUAUGAAUCAUUGGUAACAGACUUUAAUGUGACAGUGAUUGUUAUUACAGAACAUGGUGUAAUCCAAAUAGCUUCUUCAGCCAGUGGAUGUAACCAUCAGUCACGGUAUGGUUUAUCCUUGCAUGCUGUCACAUUUCAUUGAAGGUAAAAUAGACCUGAUGUGCGAUCAGAUAAUAAUAUAGUGGGUUUCAAAUCCAGAAUUCUAGUACCCUCAACAGGUCAUGGUUUCUGGAUUUCUUUUAUCAUGCACAGGUGAGUUCAUCUAUUUUGCUGGGUUAGUAAGUAUUCCACACACAGAAAUCCUGAGAUCAUGACUUGUUGGGGGUACUUGAGGAUUGGCAUUGGAUGCCCAUGUCCUAAUACAAGCAACGGAAAUGUUUUGUUGCAAGCUAGUAAAUGCUUACAGUGUCUAUAAUAAAGGGGAUGCAGUUAAUAUCCCGAAGGAUGGGAUCCCGGCGGCCGAUAUACCGGCACCGGAAUUCAUAAGGACGCAAGAAACCGGCAUCUAAAUACCGGAUACCGGUGUCAAAAUACCGUCAGCUGGAGUCCCGAUUGUUCUUCCCGAUGUGGGGGUAGGGUGUGUGUGUUUAGGUUCAGGCAUGAGGAGGGGGUUAGGGUGCAGGGACUGGAUAGGUAUGGUUACGUACUGGGGAGGGAGGGUUAGGUUUAGGCACUUAGAAGGGGAGGUUUGGGUUAGGCACCAAGCGGGGAGGGUUAGGAUUAGGCAGCGGUUAGGGUUAGACACCACCCGGGAGGGUUAGGGUCAGGUUCCACCGAGAAGGGUUAGGUUUAGGCACCCACAAGGGAGGGUUAGGGUACUUUACAGGGGGCUGUCGGGAUUCUGAUGGUUGGGAUGCCGCUGUCGGUAUUCUGACCGCAUCCCAUCCAUUGGGAUAUCAUACUGAUCCUAAUAAAGAACAUUGCACUUGUACCUACUGUAAAAACAAAAUAGUAAAGUAGAAAUCAUGUCGGGGGUCUGUUACAUGUAGGUAUGUAGUAAACGUACAAAUAUGCGUAUGUAGAGUACAUGAACAUUUUGUUAAAAUUAAAAUUAUUCUCAUGUUAUUAUGAAAUAAUUGCUUAUAUUGGAUUGUUAUAUACUGUAUUAAAAGAAAUACCUUGAACAAG